AAUGAAUGAAUCACUCAGGGUGUAACAGAGGGGGAAUGGAAGGGGGACUUCCAUUAUUCCAGCAUCCAAAAGUGUCACCUUACAAAAAGUAUUUUUAACCAUGAAACAUGUGUGGUGUCAAUGUUGCACCCCUCUCUCUCCCUCUCUGCGCUCUGUGUGGUAUUGCUGCCUUCUCCGAUCCGACAGAAAUAAGCAGCCCGCACUGGGGCAGGUGGUCUCCACAUUAUUUCGCUGCGAGUCCCAGCGAAGCUCCAGUCGCAGUGAGAUCCUCUCCAGCUCUUAUCUCCUGCGCUCUGCCACACUGGAUCUGGGUCCACAGCUCCGAGAAUCCCAGGCUGGUGAGAGUCCGUGACCCCGGGUUCUGUUUUUUGCUGCUGAAGAAAAAAGGAGGGUGCUUUCAGAGAGCGCUGUGUCUGUAUCUUCACCUGGAUCGAGAGUGGUACUGAAUCCCAACCAUGGCGGACAAAUUUGAAGUGUCAGGCGUUGAAGAUGAGACGGCUCAGCCCCUGAACCUCCUGUCCUUGCUGGAGCGGGUGGCGGGCAUCAUCAACGAGGUGCAGGCGUGCCAGCAGCGCAUGGAGGAGCGGCAGCUGGAGCUGGAGGGCAACGUGAAGAACAUCCAGUCCGAGGUACUCAAGCUGGCCAAGGACCACACCAACACCAGCAGCACGGUGGACAAGCUGCUGGAGAAGACCCGCAAGGUCGGCGCCAACAUCAAGGACGUGCGGGUUCGUCUGGAGAAGCAGAACCUGCGGGUCAAGAAGGUGGAGACCACGCAAGGGGAGCUGCUAACCAAGAACAAGUUCCGGGUUGUCAUCUACCAGGGGGAUAAUGAGAUCCCCUCAGUGCCGGCUGCGAAGGCGACGAAAGGAGCUGGAGCAGAGGGCCCUGCCGACGAGCCGGACGCCAUCGAUCCCCCGCCCGAGAUGUCGUCAGACGAGGAGUACAUGGUGGUGGAGGAGGCAACCUCGUCCACCGCGGGCCGCCUGAAGAAGACGGGCCUGAAGCGCAUCGAGAGCAUCAAGGCGACGUUCUCCCGGGAGAACCUGACCAAGACCAAGGACAGCCUGGGCUCCAGGGUCAACCGCCUGGGCGGGCGCAUUGUGACGGCCGAGCGCAGGGAGAAGAUACGCCAGUCCGGCGAGCGGCUAAAGCAGUCCGGGGAGCGGCUCAAGGAGUCGAUAGCGAAGAACGUGCCGGCCAAGCUGAACCUGAAGAAGGAGAGGACCGUGGCGGAGGGCCAGGAAGGGGCGGAAGGAGCCACGGAGGGGGCCGCGCCGGUCCCGCCUCCCAAGGGCCGCAAACCCAGCCCCGACGUCACCUACACCGAAGUGGCGACCGAGGGCAAGAUGGAGGGUCCCGUGUCAGAGCUGACUGGUGCCCGGAGAGUGGACGAGGGCAAAAUGCAGUUCGGCGACGAAGGCAAAGGGGAAGGGGCGGAAGUGCCGAUGUAUGACAUGAAACAGCUCUCCUAAACAACUGGAGCUCCCUAUGAGGAACAAGAGUAGAGCGACACUGCUACAGUGAAGUUCCAGAAGAAUGGUCUGAUUUUCUAAUUUUCUAAUAUUACAGUAACCCCAUUUCAUUUUUUUUUUUACAUACUGACCACUGAGCUCAAAGGAGUUGUAGUGUUAGUUUUUCUUUUUUUUAGGUUUUUGGAGUUGGGUGCAGUUGGGUAUAAAGAAAGCAGAUAGGUCAAUUAGAGACCUGGGAAGAGGAUUUUAUGGUACCGACACAGAAGAGUUUUGUUAUUGGAAAAUUGGAAGUAGCACAACAGUUUUUUCACUCUUAUUUUUACAUUGAAAAGGAUAUAAACAAAAUAACUGAGUGAAGCUAUUGGAAGAUUUGUGAGAUUUUUUUUUUGUGGACUAUUUUAACAUGAACUGGCGUGGUGUUGACUGCCCAGUCAUUGUUGUUGACUGGCUGACCACGGAACAAUAGAGUGGAUUUCAAUCUUGAAGCAAUCAUACUAUUAAAUGAGAAACUGCAAAAAUAAGGUACUGCACUCAUAAUGAUUAAAGUGUAAGAAGGCUACGUCUUGUUGUUGAAAAGAUGUUGAAAAGCAAAGUGAAGUAAGUGAUAUGAAUAAAAAUAGAAAUGGAUAAUUUAAAGCAGCAGGUUUGUAUCUCAUGCUCAUUUCUGACAAAUAAUCCAAUACAUUUAAUUUUUGUUAAUAUAAAAAUGUGGCUAUAAACUAUAAACGAUCUCUGUCAGCUGGUCUCUGAGGAGUAUCUUCAUUUAAAAAAAAGAAUAAGACUUUGCAUUUCUACAAAACUACAAAAAAUGGAUUAGGUUUUUCCCAUAACACUGUAAAAGACAACAGCUGUAUUCUAUUCUAUGUGGUUGUCAUAUUUUACACAGUACUAUGUGCUUCUCUGAAGGCAAGUUUUGUCAAAAAUAUUUAAGUUUAUUUGUAAAAACUUGCAGUGAAUUAUGGGUAAUUGUGUUUUAAUUGUCAGUGCUUUAGGUACCACACAAAAAUGCAACUGCUAGUUUAUUCUGUAUUAUUGCACAGUGUUUCAAAACACACACAUUAAGUACGCUUGCUGCACUACAUAGGGAAUUUUGCAUGAUUUUGAUUUAGCAUUUUGUCCAAAUAUCUUGCCUUUCAAGUGUCUGAAUGGACGACUAACCACUUUGCAGCUAAAGUUUAAAACUAUUUCUAAACACAAUAACAGUUUACAACAUUUUUUUGUAACCAAUAUUAAUUUAUUGCAUUGAAUCAAUGAAUUUAUUUUCUGUUUGCUAAUUUUCACCUUUCUUGUUAAUAAUCAGACAUUAACCACAGUGAUUUGCAUGCAAUUUCAAAAAUCAGAAAUGUAAAAUUGAAGAUUAUUAUAUUAUGCGUAAAUUUAAUAUAUUUCUGCCACCUUUGUAAAGACUACAGUUCAUUUAGCAUGGUUUCGAUUUGUUUGAUGUGAUCAUAUUUAAUCUAGCAGAACUCUAGAAGCAAGGUGGAAGCAUAUUUUCUUUUUAUAGAGCAGCUUCUGAAAAACUAAUGCAUUUUCUUUUAUGUUUUUAUUUAUGGAAGAAAGGAAUAUUACUUUUAAAAAUAAACAGCAUAAAAACAAUAUAUUUUGAAGUCAUGAUAAUCUCAAAUUUAAUCUGAAGAAAAACAAGUUUUCAACUUACAAAAAUUCAAAGUUACUCACAUAUAUAAAGAAUAGUCUAUAAGUCAUUCAUUCAAAUUAAUAAAAUAUAAGCAUGAUAUCAAAAUUAGGCCGAGCUAUAACUAUAUUGGCUAUCAUAGCUCACUCACAUUAUACAAAGUAGUGCACAAAGCAAGGACACAAUGUUUACAAAUUAUUUCAAGUAACUUGGCCCUAUGUGCACAAGCGCACACAGUACAUUAAUGGGGGAAAUAUAUGUCUGGAUAGGUUUGUAAGAUUCAAUAUAUAUAUUUUAAUAGGCCUAAAUAUUUCUAAUUUCUUGCUGUAUUAAUUCAUUUUGACUUAUUUUUGAUUUUACAAUCGGUAUCUUAUUUUCAAGAACUUGUACAUUUUGUAACAUAAACCUGACAACCAAGUAGAAA